UUUAAUCACUAAUUCUAGAGAGAGAGAAAAAAAAUGGUUAGUUUAAUAGAAAUGGAGGUGGUGGUGGGCUCUUCUUCUGCGCAAAACGGGUGUGGUGUGGUCCCAAUUGUUUUCGGGUUUGGAAGCAUCAGAGUUGGCGGUGAUCGAAUUCAGCACUUCGAAAGCAGGAAUCUGCCAUUGUUGCUGCUGCACCACCACCACCUGCUGAUCGAUGAGCUCUUCUUCCCCAUGUUCGUCGGACUUUGAAAUUUCUGUGCCCUAGAUUCAUUAAAAAAGGGGGGAUUUUUGUUUUUUUUUUUCUUCACCUAUUUCGAGAUUUCAUCUUGAAACUCUCAUCGGCAUCUGCUUAAUAGAUAAAAGGGGAUUCAAGAAAUUUACGAAAAUGUCCUCCGCUCAACCAGGCCAGUCUUCCACAACCUCCGCCCGAUCAAGGCACAGCGCUCGUAUGAUUGCACAAACAUCAAUAGACGCUAAGCUGCACGCCGAUUUCGAAGAAUCGGGCGGCACUUCAUUCGACUACUCAGCCUCAGUGCGCGUAACAAACGACCCUAUUCGAGGGGGCGACCACCCCCCUUCCUCCUCGAAAGUCACCACCGCCUACCUCCACCAGAUCCAGAAGGGCAAGCUAAUCCAACCCUUCGGCUGCCUACUAGCCCUCGACGAAAAAACCUUCAAAGUCAUUGCAUAUUCCGAAAAUGCCCCCGAAAUGCUUACCACAGUCACCCACGCAGUUCCGAUUGUCGGCGACCACCCUUUUCUCGAUAUUGGAUCUGAUAUCAGAUCCAUUUUCACCGCUCCGAGCUCCUCCGCCCUACAAAAAGCCUUAGGCUUCGGCGAGGUUUCUCUCUUAAACCCCGUUUUGGUCCACUGCAAAACCUCGGGAAAACCUUUCUAUGCCAUAAUCCAUAGAGUCACGGGCGGUUUGAUAAUUGACUUCGAGCCGGUGAAACCCUACGAGGUGCCAAUGACUGCCGCCGGAGCUCUGCAGUCGUACAAGCUGGCUGCAAAAGCCAUUGCCCGCCUCCAGUCCUUGCCUAGCGGCAGCGUGGAGCGGCUCUGCGAUGCCAUGGCUCAAGAAGUUUUCGAACUUACUGGCUACGAUAGGGUUAUGGUAUAUAAAUUCCACGAAGACGACCAUGGAGAAGUCUUGGCGGAAAUUACGAAAACGGGCCUGGACCCUUAUCUGGGCUUGCAUUACCCCGCCACAGAUAUUCCUCAGGCUGCCCGUUUUUUGUUCAUGAAGAAUAAGGUGAGGAUGAUUUGUGACUGUAGAGCCAAUCAUGUAAAGGUUGUUCAAGACAAGAACCUUGAUUUUGACCUCACGUUGUGCGGGUCAACUCUCCGGGCCCCACAUAGUUGCCAUUUGCAGUAUAUGGAGAAUAUGAAUUCGAUCGCUUCGUUAGUUAUGUCGGUUGUGGUCAAUGAGGGCGAAGAAGAAGAAGCGGGCCCCGCGAAUUCUUCUUCGUCGAAUCUUGAAAAGAGAAAAAGGCUAUGGGGUUUAGUGGUUUGCCAUAAUACAAGUCCAAGAUUUGUACCAUUCCCGCUCCGUUACGCGUGCGAGUUCCUCGCGCAGGUGUUCGCGAUCCACGUCAGCAAGGAGCUGGAGCUCGAGAAUCAGAAUCUCGAGAAGAAUAUUCUCCGUACGCAGACGCUCCUCUGCGAUCUGCUGCUUCGCGACGCGCCGUUAGGUAUCGUGUCACAAUCACCCAAUGUAACGGAUUUAGUGAAAUGCGACGGAGCGGUUUUACUCUAUAAAAACAAGACAUACAAACUCGGAUUAACUCCAAACGACUUUCAAAUACGAGACAUAGUCUCGUGGCUAGACGAAUACCACAGAGACUCGACUGGAUUGAGCACAGACAGUUUAUACGAUGCAGGUUUUCCAGGUGCUUUAUCCUUAGGUGAUGCUAUAUGUGGUACCGCAGCUGUGAGAAUAACUGAACGUGAUUGGCUGUUCUGGUUCCGGGCCCACACAGCGGCGGAGAUUCGAUGGGGUGGGGCCAAGCAUGAGGCGGGCGAAAAGGACGACGGUAGAAAGAUGCACCCGAGGAGUUCGUUCAACGCUUUCUUGGAAGUUGUGAAGAGUAGGAGUUUGCCUUGGAAGGAUUUUGAGAUGGAUGCUAUACACUCUUUGCAGUUGAUUUUGAGGAAUUCUUUUUUGAAGGAGGGGGGUGAGGGUGAUUUGGUGCGUACGAGGUUGAGUGAGAUGCAGAUGAUCGAGGGUGUACAGGAGCUUGAGGCGGUGACUAGCGAGAUGGUGAGAUUGAUCGAGACUGCGACUGUGCCGAUCUUGGCCGUUGAUGUUGAUGGUUUGGUGAACGGGUGGAAUUCCAAGAUUGCCGAGUUGACUGGUCUUGGUGUUGAGAGUGCGAUUGGAAGGCAUUUUCUUGAGCUUGUUGAGGAUUCUUCGGCUGGUGUUGUGAGUAGGAUGUUGGAGUUGGCUAUUCAAGGUAAAGAAGAACAAAACGUGCAAUUCGAAAUCAAAACCCACGACCAAACAACCGAAUCCGCUCCCCCAAUCACCCUAGUCGUAAACGCAUGCGCAAGCAAAGACGUAAAAGAAAACAUAGUCGGAGUAUGCUUCAUCGCACAAGACAUAACCGCCCAAAAGACCAUAAUGGACAAAUUCACAAGAAUCCAAGGCGACUACAAGUCCAUCAUCCAAAACCCUAACCCGUUAAUCCCGCCCAUAUUCGGAUCCGACGAAUUCGGGUGGUGCUCCGAAUGGAACCCCGCCAUGACCAAAAUAUCCGGCUGGAGAAAAGAUGACGUCAUCAAUAAAAUGCUCGUGGGCGAAAUCUUCGGCACAAACAAGUCCAACUAUUGCAGAAUCAAGAAUCAAGAAGCUUACGUAAACCUAGGUAUUGCACUCAAUAACGCAGUGACAGGUCAGCAUUCCGAAAAGAUGCCCUUCGGUUUUUUGUCAAGGGGAGGAAAGUACGUGGAGUGCUUAUUGUGUGUGAGCAAGAAGAUGGAUCCGGAAGGUUCUGUGACAGGUGUCUUCUGCUUCUUACAGCUGGCGAGCCCCGAGCUUCAACGGGCGCUGCAUGUGCAGAGGUUGUCUGAGGAGAAUGCUUUGAAGAGAUCGAGGGUUUUGGCUUAUAUAAGAAGGGAGAUUAGGAAUCCUUUAUCCGGGAUUAUUUUUUCUCGGAAAAUGAUGGAAGGUACUGAUUUGGAUGAUGAGCAGAAGAAUCUUCUUCGUACGAGUGGUCAUUGUCAAAGACAGUUGAACAAGAUUCUCGAUGAUACGGAUCUUGAUCAUAUAAUCGAAGGGUACUUGGAUCUUGAGAUGGUGGAGUUUAAUCUGCACGAGGUGUUGAUUGCUUCGAUUAGUCAAGUGAUGAUGAAGAGCAACGGGAAGGGUAUUGUGAUAGCCGAUAAUUUGGCUCCAAAUCUGUCGAACGAAACGCUGUAUGGAGAUAGUUUGAGGCUUCAACAAGUGCUGGCGGCUUUCUUGCUAAUAUCCGUUACCUCCACACCGAGCGGCGGCAGCGUUGGUGUUGCCGCCAAGCUCACUAAAGAUUCUAUCGGCCAAUCCGUUCAGCUCGGCCAUUUGGAACUCAGGAUAACACACAGUGGAGGUGGAGUGGCGCAGCAAGUGCUUGACCAAAUGUUCGGCGGCGACGAGGCGGAAGCUUCCGACGAAGGGAUAAGUCUUUUCAUAAGUAGAAAGCUGGUUAAGCUUAUGAAUGGAGAUGUUCAGUAUUUGAGAGAGGCUGGAAAAUCCACUUUCAUCAUCUCGGUUGAACUUGCCAUCUCUAAUAAUAAUUAA